AUGUCGAGCGAAGAGCAGGGUGUCGCCGCCGCUCCGCCCAAGUCGUGGAAGUAUCGCGAAUUCAACAUCUUCGGUCACCGCAUCUGGUAUGCCUCGCCUCCGGCCCAGCUCGUCCUCGUCUCGCUGGUCUGCUUCCUGUGCCCGGGCAUGUUCAAUGCCGUCCAGGGCAUGGGUGGAGGCGGUCAGGUCGACACCUCGGCCUCUAACAAGGCCAACAUUGCCCUCAACUCGACCUUUGCCGUCGUCGCCUUCACCGCCGGCACCAUUGUCAACUCGAUUGGCAUCAAGAUCUCGCUGGCCUUUGGCGGCAUCGGCUACAGCAUCUACGUCGCUUCGUUCCUAAGCUUCUCGCACAACCACAACUAUGGCUUCACCAUCUUCGCGGGUGCCUUCCUUGGCAUAUGCGCCGGCAUGCUCUGGACCGCCCAGGGCGCCAUCAUGAUGUCGUACCCGCCCGAGGAGUCCAAGGGCCGCUACAUCUCGUGGUUUUGGAUGAUCUUCAACCUCGGCGCCGUCAUUGGAAGUCUGAUCCCGCUCGGCCAAAACAUCCACACGACGACGGCGAGCACCGUGUCUGAUGGCACGUACAUUGGCUUCCUCGUCCUCACCCUCAUCGGCGCCGCCUGCGCCUUCUUCCUCGUCAAUGCCAAGAGCGUCGUGCGCGACGAUGGCACCCACGUCAUCCUCAUGAAGAACCCUAGCUUCAUGACCGAGGUCAAGGGCCUGUGCCAGACGUUCGUCAGCGACCCCUACAUCAUCGCCCUCUUCCCCAUGUUCUUCGCCUCGAAUUGGUUCUACACCUACCAAUUCAACAACGUCAAUGCCGCGUACUUCAACACGCGCACCCGCGCCCUCAACAACACGCUCUACUACGUCAUGCAGAUCGUCGGCGCCUUCAUCAUGGGCUACGGGCUCGACCAGACGGGCAUCCGCCGGACGGUCCGUGCCAAGAUUGUCUGGGCCGUCCUGUUCGCCUUGACCAUGGGCAUCUGGGGCGGCGGCUACGCGUUCCAGAAGACGUACACUCGCGAAGAUGCCGCUCAGGAUGACUUUGUCAGGGAUUGGACUCACUCGGGUUACGUUGGCCCCAUGUUCCUGUACAUGUUCUAUGGCUUCUACGACGCCGCGUGGCAGACGACCGUCUACUGGCUCAUGGGCGCCAUGACAAACAACGGCCGCAAGCUGGCCAACUUUGCCGGCUUCUACAAGGGCAUCCAAUCGGCGGGUGCGGCCGUCAUCUGGGCGCUCGACCUGGACAAGAAGCCGUUUAUGAACCUGUUUGCGUCGUGCUGGGCGCUACUGGCGGGCUCGCUGGUGAUUGCGCUGCCGGUCUUCCUCAUCAAGAUCAAGGACACGGUCGACAUUGAAGACGAUCUCAAGUUCACGGACGAGACGCUCGCGGACGUCAAGCCUGAUGCUUACGAGGAGAAGCGCGCGUAG